GAGAGAGAGAGAGAGAGAGAGUGGGAGAGGUUUUGGUUAAAACUGUGUCUGAAAGCAAAAGCGGAAGACAAAGCCAAGCCGGCUAAAAACUCUUUACACAAACCCACUACCUAUCAAAUAGAUUCUUCAAUCUUCACUGCACCUUCUCCCAAAUUUUUUUAUUUUUCUUUCUUAUUACACUCUUUCUUGAUUUCGAUUCAUAAUCAAGAUUGGAUUUUUAUCGAAUUCGAAGCAAGCCCAUCAUCAUAUUUUGUGAGUAUUGGAUUGAGAAACGAAGAUGAGAGAGGCUAACUGAUUUAUUUCGGUGCAAAUCUGAUUUUAUUUUUUUAAUUUAUUUAUUUGAUUUCAAGAAAAAAGAUUCGAUUUUUAGAGUGAGGUAAAUGGGGUGUUUUUCUUGCUUUGAUUCACGGGAAGAGGAGAAACUGAAUCCUCGUAAAGAGAGAGAUGAUCAUAAGGAAAUCCAUCCGAGUAUUCCUUCCAAUAUAUCCAAAUUAUCAUCUGGGGGCGACAGGCUAAAAUCGAGGAACAAUGUGGGGCCGAAAAAGGAAAUAUCGUUACCAAAGGACUUGCCCGAUUCUCAGAUUGCUGCUCAAACGUUUACUUUCCGUGAGUUAGCCAAUGCUACGAAUAAUUUUAGGCCAGAUUGUUUUUUAGGAGAGGGUGGUUUCGGACGUGUCUACAAAGGACGACUUUCCACUGGCCAGGCUGUCGCUGUUAAGCAAUUGGAUAGAAACGGGCUGCAGGGCAAUAGAGAAUUCCUAGUCGAGGUUCUAAUGCUUAGCCUAUUGCACCAUCCUAACUUGGUGAGUUUGAUGGGUUACUGCGCCGACGGGGAUCAAAGGCUUCUCGUCUACGAGUUCAUGCCGUUGGGUUCUUUAGAAGAUCAUCUCCAUGAUCUUCCACCGGACAAAGAAGCGCUCGAUUGGAGCACAAGAAUGAAGAUAGCUGCAGGUGCAGCGAGAGGGUUGGAGUACCUGCACGACAAGGCGAACCCGCCCGUUAUUUAUCGGGAUUUCAAGUCAUCCAACAUAUUGCUAGGCGAAGAGUUUGCUCCAAAGCUUUCCGAUUUCGGACUCGCGAAGCUGGGCCCCACGGGCGACAAGUCGCAUGUAUCCACUAGGGUUAUGGGCACUUACGGCUACUGCGCUCCUGAAUAUGCGAUGACUGGGCAGUUGACCGUCAAGUCCGAUGUCUACAGUUUCGGUGUCGUCUUCUUGGAGCUUAUUACGGGGCGUAAAGCUAUUGACAGCACUCGACCUCAAGGCGAACAAAACCUCGUGGCAUGGGCAAGGCCGUUGUUCAACGACCGUAGAAAAUUCGCCAAGCUGGCGGACCCGAUACUGCAGGGCAAAUUUCCGAUGCGCGGACUGUACCAAGCAUUGGCUGUAGCUUCCAUGUGCAUCCAAGAACAAGCUGCUGCUCGCCCUUUGAUUGGUGAUGUUGUAACUGCACUUUCUUACCUGGCAAAUCAGUCGUACGAUCCGACCAAUGGCGGCAGGGGAGAGGAAAGAGGCGGGAAAAUAUUGAGGAACGAAGAGGGCGGUGGGUCCGGUCGGAAAUGGGAGUUUGAAGGAUCGGAAAAAGACGAUUCUCCGAAAGAAACUGCAAAAAUGUUGAACCGUGACUUGGAGAGAGAGAGGGCGGUCGCUGAAGCUAAAAUGUGGGGUGAAAAUUGGCGGGAAAAAAGACGGCAGAACGCUCAAGGAAGUUUUGACGCCAAUAACGGCUAGUUCUGAUUUGUUCGGUAGGACAAAUUAUGGAACGACGUUUUUUUUAUUUUAUUUAUUUAACUUUAUUUUGUACUUUUUCCUCCUUAUUUUUACACCCAUUGAUCUUUAGCAUUGAGAGUGUAUAUUAACUGGUAUAAGAACGAGGACGACGCUUUGAUCUCCCUCUUCGCUUUUUUUUUUUUUUUUUUUUUUUGAGAUUAAGAAACCGUUUAGAGUGAUGCUUUGGCGCGCAGGGUGUUUGUAAAGUUAUGCGAAACCCGGAAUAAGUAUCUUAUUCUGUGGUGUUCAAUACAUUAGUAUGUGUUAUGAAAUUCCUCGACCACUCUUUUGCUGCCGAUUUAUAGAAUUCUGUGGUAUGAUCA